GAGAGGAGAGUAGAAUAUUGGACUGUCUACUAUGGCUUUGAAUGGGGAUGUGUGUGUGGUGACAGGGGCUUGCGGAUUUCUGGGCAGAAGACUGGUCCGGCUGCUGCUGGAGGAAGAGCGCCUGAGUGAAAUCAGAUUGAUCGACAGACAAAUCAAACUGGAAGAUGUUCAGAGUUUUAAUGACUGCAGAGGAGACACUCGGGUGCGUGCCUAUGAGGGAGACAUUCGGGACAGCGCCUUUCUGAGACGAGCCUGCCGAGGGGCAUCCACUGUCUUUCAUAUGGCCUGCCUGAUUGAUGUCAGAGGAAAGGUGGAGUUCAGUGAGCUGUAUGGAGUCAAUGUCAAAGGUACCCAACUGCUCCUGGAAGCUUGUAUUGAGGAGAAUGUGCCCUCCUUUAUCUACACCAGCAGUAUAGAGGUCAUGGGCCCAAACCCUAGUGGUGACCCCGUCUAUAACGGGACAGAGGAAACACAGUACAAAUGCGCCGUCAAGUUUCCCUAUGGUAAAACCAAAAGGGAGGGAGAAGAGAGGACACUACGGGCCAAUGGUGAGCUACUGCUCGAUGGGACCCGGCUGGCCACAUGCGCCCUUCGACCCAUGUACAUUUAUGGAGAAGGGUGCCGUUUCCUCUUGGGGCAUAUGGCAGAUGGGGUACGCAACAAGAACGUCCUGUAUCGUUUGUCCUUACAAGAAGCAAAGGUGAACCCUGUUUAUGUAGGAAAUGUAGCUCUAGCUCAUCUUCAAGCAGCACGCAGUCUGAAAGAUUCCAAUAAACGAAAUAUCAUAGGGGGGAGGUUUUACUACAUAUCGGAUGACACGCCUCCAGUCAGUUACUCAGACUUUAACCAUGUGAUGAUGUCCCCUCUGGGCUUCCAUAUCCAGGACAAACUACCAUUGCCCCUGUGUUUGCUGUAUUUGCUGUGUUUUGUGUUGGAAUGGGGCUGUGCAAUACUGCGUCCUUUCAUUCGCCUGGUCCCACCUCUGACUCGACAUCUGGUCACAAUGUUAAACACACACUUCACUUUCUCCUAUAAGAGGGCGCAGGUCGAGCUGGGAUAUACCCCUAGGUACAGCUGGCAAGAAGCACGCAAAGGUACUAUAGAGUGGCUCGCAAGCCAGCUACCAGAAAUUAGAGAGAAAAUAGAAACAUGAUUAUUUUCUACUGUCUCUUCCUCUGCAUGUGCUGUAAUCAUAAGAACUUGCUAUGACAUAACAUUGAAUGCUUGCCCAAAGUUUCUUUUUUUCUUGUGAAAUACCUUUUA